GCUCGCAUAUCCGGACGUUACCGUGUCUACGACUGCUACGCACAGACCUUACGCGAUUGAAAGUUACGCACUUUGUAUACGUUUACGCUCGUGUUAAAUGACCAUAGUCCGCAAAUGUGAAUAAAUAUCAAACAGUGAGUGGUGGUGUUUAAGAUUCCGAGGGGAAUGUUGUUUUUGUGUUUCCGGUAGAUACAGAUUACAGUAGAAGGUAUGCGGGCUUCUAGGGUACCCGCUACCUUGCUACUGUUCCUCCUUGCAUUAGCGGAACUUCGUGCAAGCAGGAGCAACGAUGAAGAGAAGGAAAAAGCCACACAAAAUAUAAUUAAUGUAUGUGAUAUAAGAGACAGAAACUCAAAACUUCACUGUUACUGUGAAUUAAAUCAAGAAAUAAACAGAGCAUCUAAAACAGAAUGUUGGGUAUUCAACGGUGGCAUAGAAAAAUCAGAUCCAGUAUGGACAAGUUUCAGUACACAAACUAAUAUAGAGACGUUAGCUUUCAACGUGAGAGCUGACGGUGCACUAAAAUUUGUGCCAACAAAGGUGCUAAGGUACCUGCAAAAACUGAAAAAAAUUAGCAUAAAAUUUAGCUCCAUAACAGAAGUAGAAGAGAAUACAUUUAUUAAUCUAACAUAUAUAGAAGAAAUAACAAUGAUUAAAAACGAAAUAGAAUAUUUAAGUAAGCAUUCUUUUAACAAUCUACCGCACCUCUCUUUGCUCAUUUUAGACGAGAACAAUAUAAAAGAACUUGUAACUGAUACAUUUUAUAAGACACCCAACUUGCAGAAACUGUAUUUUACAAGUAAUAAUAUAAGUAUAAUACAAGAUGGAGCAUUCAGGCAUCUUGUCAAUUUACUAGAGCUAGAAUUGGAUAAGAACAAUAUAAGUGAACUCAGGAAAGAAUGCUUCGAAGGGCUCGCUAAACUGAAGCGACUCGAUCUAAGUCACAACAAGAUAUCUGUUCUUAACUCGUUUACAUUCACCGAGUUGUGGAAUCUGGAAUUGUUGUUAUUACAUUACAAUGAUAUAAGCAUUGUGGCUCAGAGAAGUUUUGAUGGACUAUCGCAAUUAAAAAAGCUGAAUUUGAGCCACAACAACCUCAUAAUUCUGGCAGGAGAGCUCUUUGCAGGUGUAAGAGGAUUACUUGGAUUAGAUUUAAGAUAUAAUAUCCUGAAGAGAUUUACAUUUGAUGAUGUGAAUCCAAUUUACGAAAAUUUAUUAAAAGAGAACAGUUACAUAUAUCUUGAGGGCAACGAACUACUUUGCGAUUGUCACCUGGCUUGGAUGCAUAAACUCCGACAUGAAACGAAGAGUAUCAAAACAAGAACAUCGUUGGAAAAUUUCAUUUGCAAAUUAAGCCCCGACCUAGCUCUAAACUCGCAACUUGCCCUUUUUGAAAAGAACGUCAUAAGUCCAAAUAACAAUUAUAACAUAGACGAUAAGAAUGCUGAUAAUUUUGAUGAUAAUUCUGAUGAUAUUUUUCAAGAUGAUAUGGACGAAACUAGCGCUCAGGAAGUACAACUUGUCAAAAAGGAGAACGAAGGUACAUUACUUCAGAUACCUAUUGAUUUGUUACCCUGUCCUCAAGACGUAAAAGUGACAGACAGGACAUACACCUAUCCAUCACAAAACGAAGCGAAAGAUUACAGAAAUCUAAUCCACUCGUCAAAAACUUCUCAGCUUCAUACUAAUAUUUCAAUAUCAUUUUUAAUAUUCCUUGUACUACUGAUAAUAUUAACUACUUAAUCAUACAUAUUAUGUUAUUCAAUGGACUGAAAAAUAAAUAUAAAAUUGAUAUAAUUUAAUAAUUUCCACAUAUUUGAAUUGAACUUUUGGACAAAAUGUAUUUUCGAGGACCAUGUAUUAUAUUAGGAUAUGUUAAGGGAUUCCUCGUUACUCCUAAAUCGUAUUUUUUUGUGGGAGAAUAUAUAGCUAAGAAUUACAUUUAAUAAUUCCAAAUAGAUAAUUUCUUACUACAGUAUUUUGUAUCCCAAAAAUUUAUCAAAUUUAAUUGUUCUUAUAUAAUAUCUAUAUUAUACUUUGAUCGGUUUUUUUUUUAUUAUAUUAAUCUCUAGAUUAUAUAUUUAUUGUUAAAUGUGUGUUAUCUACAUUUUAAAUGUAAAUAGUUAUUUAAUGUUAUGUAAAAAAAAUGUGAUAUAAAUGUUAAGUGUAACUUUAAAAAGAACGUUUAGGCAUAAUUUAUAUUAAGCUAUAAUGUUAUAUUCCAUUGUGAUUUUCUAAGAGAAACUAAAAACAUAAAUGCCGGUUAAAAUUUUACAUACUUAUUUAUCAGUGAAAUUUUUCCAAAGAAUUUUCAAUGUACCUAAAUUAAUAUUAAAAUUUUAUUUAUAUUAUUAUAAACUCAUUUAAAUUAUUUUUGUUUUUAAAUUUCAAUACAUUACGUGUAUCUUCUUAUAUCUUUCAUUAGAUAUGUUUUUAUUUUUAUAACUUUCAUCAUUUAUUACAGCGGGUAACUAAAUAAUCAUUUUGGACAAUUAACAUGCAUGAUUAUUUACAUUUCAAAUGACGUUUCUAUAAUACUGGGUCAUGCGGGGGUCAUGUCCAGAGCGUGCCCGUCGCGACCCCUGCCAGUCAACUGACUGCAAUCUGGACCUAGACCGACUGUCCCCGUCGAAGGAAAAGCAUGACAGAAUUGUGUAUCUUCUUUUAAUGUAAAAGUUUAUCACCGAUGCGCCGACAGUACAGUAAUGCCAAAAAGAGGUAAAGCAAGAUUUAUUGUAAAGAUUUACGUGACAAAAACGAGAAUAACGCCAAGUAAUCAAAUAACACUAAAAUUACGGAGGUAGAUAAAACAAAUAACCCUCACUUCUCUUCUUCUCUCAAAAUCUUGGAUCUGGAGUGGUUAGCUAACUUCUAAAAUGGAUAAAUUCCAAUAUUGUUAACAUUCUCUUCAUUCAAUAAAUCAUUUGUGAAUAUGUUAUCUUGUUUGCUAAAAAUAUGAAAACAUAAAAACAAACAUUUUCGUAGCAAAACUCUGAGCACAAGGUAAACUGAUACCAGCAUGUAGGAAAUACUCGUAGACGUGGCCAAAAGUGGAAUGAUAAAAGCUUGUCAAGGAGAAUGUAAGAAAUGGAACAGGUGAUACGAAGUAUGAAAAAUAUUCGGGAAACGAUCCGAUAUCUGCUAGAAUGAUAAAAAGCUCGUAUGGUUGAAGCGAUAUAUUUGCUGUAGUAUUGUUUUUAACAUUAAAAUAUUUAUUGUUCAUUUUUGUUUUUGUUGUUUUAUUAUAUAUUUUUUUCGCUGUUGAUUAUUUGUUAUUAUUUCUUUGUUAGUAGUACAGUUUUUAUUACUAAAAUCUUUAAUGAUUAUUCUUAUUGUUGUUGUUUUCUUUACUUUUUCCUGUAUUUAUUGUUUAUAAUAAAAUCUUUACUAUAAAACCAGGAUUACUCCAAUGGGUAGCAUGGUGACAGUGCUCUUGUUCUUAGAUAGGGGCUCGUGCAUUAACUAUACUUAGGUUGUUACUUUGAUUAGCUGCGCAACGAAAUAUAAUUUUCUCUACAUACCCGGUAUGGGACCUAGCGUGAAACAUAGAUGUGGUAUAACCUUUGGGAACCAAAGGAACACAAUUAUAUCGUUCAUUAUAAACAGUGAUUUUUUUAAAUAACUAAUAUAUGUGCUAUAAUUUAUAUUUCUAACAUGUGAUAAUGUUAUAAAAUUUUACAAAUUCAAACUAUGUGAUUUUAUUAAUACAUAAAUAUAUUAAUAUUAUAAACACAUUGUAAACAUAGUGUCUGUUACUUUUUCAUGCUUAAACUACUGAACAGAUUUGAACGAAAUUUGUUAUACGAGUAUAUUAUAUUCUAUCCUAGAUCCGCGAAAUACAGUUAGUUAAAAAUAUAGUCAAUGUGGACACACUAAGUCAUUAACCUUCUUUGUAAAAUUACUUCAAAUUAUUAUUUCAAAAUUGUUUUCGCCAACGCCAAAAACUGAAACAUAAUUUUAGGUUGUACGAAUAAAUAGAAAAACGUAUGUACAUAAUCCUUAUGGUAUUAUGUAUAAUAAUUAUAACAUUGUUUCUCGAACUUAUUAUAGUAAGGGUGAUGAUAAAAUUAUUGAAUUGGUCAUACAUUUGAAACUUAAUUCAGACAUAAUCUAUGCACUAACUCGCUGUUAUUUAAAUUUCAGUAUUAAAUUAAUUACACGAUAUUAGUGUUAAUAUAUUUCAAUUUUUUUUUACAUCAGCCCUUAUCUGUCCACUGCUAAAUAUACGCCUCCCCUUACUAAGGGGUUUUGCCAACAGUUGCCACACUUGGCAGGCGAGUUGACAACCGCAGUUAGUGUAUUAUUUUAACUUUGUGUAUUAUUCUUGUUUUUAUAUAAGUAUUAUCCUUUUUACGUAUAAAAAUUAAAAUAAAUUUGUUACAAACUUACUUUAAACAAUAUUUUUAUUUUACAAACAUGUAUAACAAUUGUAUACAUUGUUUAAAAUACGUUAGUAUUUAAAAUUAAAUCUCUAAAUGUGUAUAUUUAAUGUACAUAGAUACUUAUCACAUUGUUUCGUAACUAUUAAGGAACUACAAAUGUCGAAUAUUUUAAUAUACAAUACAAACGUAACUGUAAUUCAAUAAAUUAACUACACGUAAACAUUAAGUCUCAUUGAAAUUAGUGUUAUAGUGUUAUAAUUUUGUUAAAUCUGUAACAUUCCUUUUUAUUUUGUUCAUAUAGUUCAUAGCAAAGAUUUUAAAUACACAAACGGGACUUAGCGCGAUGGAUAACCUUUGCAGGUAAAUUGUACCUACAUACCUGCUUCUUUAUUGCCGACGUUUCGAUAUGGAAUGCAUUGACUAUGACACGGAUUAGGACUGACUAUCCACUAGAACUGACAUCGCGUUAGGUUCCGAUUGUAUAUUUAAAAUAUGUGUAAACAACGCGAAAGUGUAAAAUUAACUAUCCAAGAUUUAUGCUGAAAAUUGUUCAGUGUUUUUUUUUAAUAUCAAAUUGCUUACUUUUUGAUAAUAUAUAUAUACCAUAUAUAUAUGCAACUUUUCAAAGUUACUUAAAACUGCGUUUAUUUACAAGACAACACGAUGCAUUUUCAAUUAUAUAAUCAGGGAUGUAGAUACCAUUUAUUAAAAAAAAAAAGGAAUUAAUUUUUAACAUGUAUAAAUCAAAUUUAAAUUGAAAUACUACUUUGAAAUAUUUAAUGAAUGUUUUAUCAAUUUUAUUUUAUGUCGCCACCAUUAUGUUACUUUAUACUUUUACAAGUUAAAACCAAUAGAAUUUAAUACAAAUAGUAAAUAUUAUAUGUCGUCAAUUUCAAUCUCUGCAAACUUACAAAAAAAAAAGUUAUUAUAUGCAGUUUAACAAAAUAUUGUAUAACUAAAUGUCAUCGUCUAUGAGCCGUCAACUGUCAACUGCUGAACAUAUCUCUCCCCCGUAAGGGGGACAGAUAAAUGUAGUAGAUUUCAAAUCUGCGUAGAUUCUAAAACUACAUAAAAUCAUAAUUUAUGUUAAAAAAAAACAAAAUUAAACAUUUAAAUUGACAAUUUGAAUAAUAUACACCAUUUGUUGUACAGUUACUUUGAAUUAUUGAAUUAAAAGUUGAUGUUGAAAUAUUUGCUCGUAUGUUUA